AUGGCCGGUCACAGAGCACGCAGAGUUACCAAGGAGCUUGCAGACAUCAAAUCCGAUAAUGUCUCUCACAUUAAUGUUGACACAGUCAAUGACAGUGUGACUAAGCUUAAAGGCUCGUUCAGUGGCCCACCGGGAACACCAUAUGAGGGCGGGACGUUCGAAGUCGACAUUAGCAUCCCAAAUGAAUAUCCGUUCAAGCCCCCGGUCAUGAAGUUUUUGACCAAGAUAUGGCACCCCAACGUAUCCAGCGUUACGGGUGCCAUUUGUCUCGACACGCUUAGCACAGGAUGGUCACCGGUCCUCACGAUCAAGAGUGCUAUGAUAUCGUUACAGUCGCUUUUGAGCUCGCCGGAGCCGAAGGACCCUCAAGAUGCUGUAGUUGCGCAGCAGAUGAUCAAAAAUCCGAAGGAAUUCGAACGAAUCGCACGCCAAUGGUCAGUUCAAUACGCUGGGGCGCCCAAGUCGAUGCUCGGCGAAGGUAGCGGUGGAUCUUCGGCUGCGGACAUCGAGGCAGCGGAGCAACAAAGCAAAGAAAGGGAGGAAGCCGCAAAUUUAGAGGCGUAUGAUGGGUAUAACAAAGAUCUCAUCGACAGAUUUGUCAUGAUGGGCUUUGAUCUGGACAGAGUGGUAGAGGCAUUCAACUACGUUGGCAUUGACCGAAACGGCGGCCAGGACUACGAGCUUGAGGAGGCGUACAUGGGAGACAUCACGGCGAGACUUCUCGGGGAGCCUUGA